AUGGCUCCCGUUCCGGUCGUUGAGCACCGAGAGCUCGAAUCUUGCUCGUCCGACAUGGUUUACGGUGAUUCAAAAGGUUCAUAUAUAACUGCCAUAAUUUUGGCAGCGACUUUGCCACUAAUGGCUGUGGCUUUCAUUUCGCUGUGCUUAAUAGCAAGGCAGCGUAAAAGAAAGCUCCAGUUCGCUCAACGCACUGCUUUGAAAUACCAAGCCAUAGUACAGACUGCGCAGGCCGAAGCACUUGAAUCGCAGCACAGGGCUGAGAAAUAUCAAACGGAGAAUGUUAGUCUGUCUGAGGCCCUGGAGCAGUUGCGAAGGCGUUAUGUCGAACUCGCUGAUAGUCACCACAGCUCUACUCGACCCAGUGCAUCAACAUCAACUAAGGAGUCACCGAAGCAUCUUCAGAUAGUGCCUCCAACAAAUUGGCAGAAGCCUGACAACUCACCGCUCAGACAUGUAGAGCCAGUUUCGCCGGUAAGCUCCACGGCCUCAAGCGAAUACGAAGGCUAUUCUGAGAGCGCACCCCCAAGCGAUGGUUACUAUGGCUCUAAUGAACAGUCCUUCACUGCUCGAACAGAGACAGUGGUAGCAGGAAUCCGUGCUGGACUAGAUGGCUCUAAUCGCGUGUCCGACAAGCCACCUCAGAUUCCUCCCUAUUCUUUUCAAGGAAGUGGUCGGUGA